AAGAAGAAGAAGAAGAAGGGAGAGAGUGAGACCUCCGUGGAUCAGAGAAGAACAGAAGAAGAGGAGGACACCGUUUCCCCUUUCUCUCUUUUUCAGGAGUUGUGAACCAGCAUGCCCAAGGCAGCAGAGAGGACUCCUUCGACCACCUCCUCCCACUCAAUCACCUCCAAUGUCUCCACGUCCUCAGCAGAUCCGGAGAGCGGCUCCCAGUCGGGCUCGUCUUCCGAGCCCCCCAAGAAGUCCAAGAAGAAGACCAAGAAGAAGACCACGGAGGCCAUGACCGUAGUGUACACGUCGGUGCUCAACAGCGUGUUCGGGGCGGAGAGAGAAUUGGCUCAGGCAGAGUUGGAUGAGUUGGCAGAUGCCUUUAAAGAGUUUGACUACGACCAAGAUGGCUACCUCAACUACAAGGACGUGGCGGAGUGCAUGAGGACCAUGGGCUACAUGCCCACCGAGAUGGAGCUGCUGGAGAUCGUCCAGCAGAUCAAGAUGAGGAUGGGGGGGCUGAUGGACUUUGAGGACUUCACCGAGCUGAUGGGUCCCAGGAUGAUGGGGGAGACUGCGGACAUGUUGGGCCUGAAGGAGCUGCAGUCUGCCUUCGUUCAGUUCGACCUGGACGGGGACGGGAAGAUCAACCAGGAGGAGAUGAAGGAGGCAGUGAAGACGCUGUUGGGGGAGAAGCUGAAGAAAGGAGAGCUGGAGGAGAUCCUGAAGGAGCUGGAUAUCAAUGCCGACGGAGACAUCGACUUCGAGGAGUUUGUGAUGAUGCUGUCAAUCCGCUAG